CGUUCGGUUUUAGACGCGUGUGGAAGCCCUACGAGGGGGUCCCCGACAAGAAAAAUUAAUCGCGAAAGAAAAUUAUUUCGUUUACUCAAAAUUCACCGAAAAGAAACGAAAUCACUUUAAAGAAAUUUAAUUAAAAAGGAAGAUUUUAUUGAAUUGAGGAAGUGGUUAAAAAAAAUAAGAAAAAAGAGGCGAUUCCAUAAUGUUUUUAAGUCGAUGGGUAUAGAAGAAAUUAAAAAAUUAGAUAAAAGAGAAUAGAAACGAUCGUGGAAGGCGGAGUCGUCGUUGAAGGCAACAAGUGCGAAUCGGCGACGAUAACAAGUUCCGAAUGUGUCCGCCUGCUAUGAUCACUUAGGGACGUAGGAAGGAUGCUGGCCCUUUUGGCCGCCACCGUGUGGGUGUGCGCGCUGGCGACGCCGCAACCGCUGCACCACCUCGAAAGGGGCGCCGUCCGGCGGCCGCAGCUUCUCGUCAGCUGGCAAAAGAGGCAAGAUCAACAUCAUAAUCAACAUUACCAACAAGGUCUGGGACAACAACUUAAUAAACCGGAAACGCAGGUCUUCGUUAGAUCUUCCAGGAAUAGUCCUCAAUAUGACAUACCUCAAAUAGAAUGUCCCCCAGCUAACGAUGGAAUGGAAAGAUUCGCUUGCCCAACACCCGAUAGACACGGAAGAUACCUUUGUAUAGACGACCACGUUCUUUGCGAUGGUUACAUCGAUUGUCCAGCAGGAGAAGAUGAAGAUAGACAAGCCUGUUUAUUCUACAAGACGACAAAGGCACAUUUAGAUGUGCUGGCAGAUGCUUUACUUCGAUGGGCAAGAGGCCGUUAGCGGAAGUUCCUGCAGAAUAACCCAAAUUUCGAAAACCCAACCAAAAACGAAAGGAAAAAAAAAUAAGUAAAUAAAUAAAAUAAGCUACCCCAAAAAAAGUAAAAGCAUAAACAAUCGGUUUUCUUUCAGUAGGAACCUUUCUAACAAAAAAAAAUUAAUGAUACAAAAAGAAUGUUUAUUAAUGAAGAACUGAAUAUAAUAAUAUAAUAAUAAUCAGUCAUUUUGUAACGUUUCCAAGCGGUCAGGAACUUGGAAACUUAAAAUGACUGAAAAUGUUUUUCAUUUCUCGUCCGUUCAAAGUCUGUUAAAUAAAAGCUAUUUAAAUAAAUAGAAAUAAACGAAAAAAUCAUAAAAGGGAAGUGGAAAAAUAAAAAAUAGUCUCUGGGGCUAAGUUUUUUUUAAUUGCCUUAGUUUGAGAGUCAAAGACUUUUCGAAAAAAAAAAAAAUAAAAUAAAUAAAUAAAAAAAUAGAAGAAAACGAAACAGAACGAGGUCGAAAUCAUUCCGUAAACGACAAGAAUGCGUCGUAAUCGGACGAAAAAUAGCCAACAAAAUAAAAUAACAAUAAUAAAAACGUUUAAUUUUCAGUUCCUGUUUUCUAAUUCAAAUUCAUUUCUAAUAAAUUAAAAAAAAAACAAAUUAAGUAUCGCGAUUUUUACAUUUUGGAGGCUGGACUUUUAUUUAACAAAUAAUUAAUUAAUACUAGAAAAGAUUAUGAUGUAAACACCAGACGAAGAAGUGGACGGCGAAAAUAAAUUCUUUUUCGUCGAUUCAUGCGAGCCACUUCGCCUGGAGUUUUAAUUUUUGAUCGAAUUUUUGUGGGGGACGAAUUAAAAAUGAAAUAAUUUGUAAAAUAAUUUGUAAAUAAAAGUUUUUUUGAUGGAAAAAUCGCGAUCGAUUCACAAAUAAGUUUAUAAUUAAGUUUUUUGACCGGCCUAUAUUAUUAUAUUACAAGGAGGAAAAAGUUUGACUAAAAAAAAAAAUGGGAUAAAACGCACUUUUUGCACUUUUUAUGCACGAAAUUCAAUUCAACGCCCAAAAAAAUACUUUAAAAUUGAAAAAAAAAAAAAUUACAUAAUGUGUGUGUGAA